UUUUGUGAAGACUCUUAUUUUGUGACCCCUGUUGGGUUUUUGUUUGUUUUAGUCUGCGUUUGUGUUUUUAGAUCAGUUUCUGUCUGGUUUUUGGUGAUUUGGACUUUUUUUGUUGCGGCCCUUCGAGCCGGCCGUAACUGUGCUGAACGAGUCCCGAUUGGUAGAGACGGGAAGGUUUGACUAACAUGAAACCGAAAGUAACUAAAUCACGAACAAGCAGUUCGUUCUACACAGCAACACGUAAAGGACUUUCCUGUUCAUUUACUUAAAUUCACUUGCAUUAAGUUGGUGCUCUUGAUAUCUGAACUUCAAUCACACGUGUGCGAUUCAGUUGUGUGUUGGAGAGAGGCCGACUGCAGAGGGUGAAGAUAAUGCCCAGGAAACAUUUGUGUGGUGAAAAGAGAAAAAUGGCAUCUGUCAUCUGGAUCCUGUCUGUAGUAUUGUAUGCUGAAUUCAUGUGUGCAGUGUCUGCUAAAAAGUUGGUCUCCCUGGAUUGCCAGGAUGAAAACCAUGGGGUCCAUGGCAAGGACUCUUUACUGAAAUGCUUUCUGAAUUCUGGUGGGGAAAGCGUGAAGGUCACAUCGGCAACAUGGAGGCGGCCAGGAGAGAAGCGUCCUUUAAUAAUGUUUAUAAAAGACAAAGUUAAAGAGCCGGAAGAUCCACGAUUCUCCUUUAAGCAGUUACAGAUGUCUGGCAGCAACAUAGACGUGUCCUUUCUGGUGAGAAACACAGUGAGGACAGAUGAAGGGAAAUAUGAAUGCGAAGUUGCAACUGACAGCGGUGAAGCCAAAGCAGUUGUAAGCCUUUCUGUCACAGCCACUUACUCCAAACCAGACAUGAGCUCAGUUCCAGAGAAGGACCUUCAGGAGGGAAUGGAAGUCACAUUAUUCUGCAAUGCCUCUGGGGGUUACCCGGUUGGCAUGAUCCACUGGUACGACCAGCAUGGCACCAACUGGACCCGCAGUGCAGAAAUGACGGUGGUGGAGACCACGGACAAACGCACGAACUUAUCCAGCAAGUUCACGCUUAGGGCUUCCUCCAUCACUCCUCAGUAUCGAUGCUUAGUGUUAAACAACAAUGGUGUGGAAGAAGGAAAGGCGGAAUUUGACCUUAAAUUUCGGGAAAAAGAGUUUGUCUCCCUGGAUUGCCAGGAUGAAAACCAUGGGGUCCAUGGCAAGGACUCUUUAUUGAAAUGCUUUCUGAAUUCUGGUGGGAUAAACAUGACGGUCACAGCGGCAUCAUGGAGGCGGCCAGGAGAGAAGCGUCCUUUAAUUAUGUUUAAAGAUGACAAAGUUGGAGAGCCGGAAGAUCCACGAUUCUCCUUUAAGCAGUUACAGAUGUCUGGCAGCAACAUAGACGUGUCCUUUCUGGUGAGAAACACAGUGAGGACAGAUGAAGGGAAAUAUGAAUGCGUUGUUGUAACUGACUCUGGUGAAGACACAGCAGUUGUAAGCCUUUCUGUCACAGUUGCAGUGGAUACGUUGAAGGAGAAGGCGACGGGAGACAAGGGCAGCACGGCCAUUACGGUCAUCGUCAUCGUCUUCGUCAUCGUUGGAUCCCUGCUGUGCGGCCUGCUGAUUUUGGCUCUGUUGCGCAGACGGCGCGCUCAGCAGUUUGUCUCCCUGGAUUGCCAGGAUGAAAACCAUGGGGUCCAUGGCAAGGACUCUUUAUUGAAAUGCUUUCUGAAUUCUGGUGGGAUAAACGUGACGGUCACAGCGGCAACAUGGAGGCGGCCAGGAGAGAAGCGUCCUUUAAUUAUGUUUAUAAAUGACAAAGUUGGAGAGCCGGAAGAUCCACGAUUCUCCUUUAAGCAGUUACAGAUGUCUGGCAGCAACAUAGACGUGUCCUUUCUGGUGAGAAACACAGUGAGGACAGAUGAAGGGAAAUAUGAAUGCGUUGUUGUAACUGACUCUGGUGAAGACACAGCAGUUGUAAGCCUUUCUGUCACAGAGUUUGUCUCCCUGGAUUGCCAGGAUGAAAACCAUGGGGUCCAUGGCAAGGACUCUUUAUUGAAAUGCUUUCUGAAUUCUGGUGGGAGAAACAAGACGGUCUUAUCGGCAGCAUGGUGGCGGCCAGGAGAGGAGCGUCCUUUAAUUAUGUUUAAAGAUGACAAAGUUGGAGAGCCGGAAGAUCCACGAUUCUCCUUUAAGCAGUUACAGAUGUCUGGCAGCAACAUAGACGUGUCCUUUCUGGUGAGAAACACAGUGAGGACAGAUGAAGGGAAAUAUGAAUGCGUUGUUGUAACUGACUCUGGUGAAGACACAGCAGUUGUAAGCCUUUCUGUCACAGUUGCAGUGGAUACGUUGAAGGAGAAGGCGACGGGAGACAAGGGCAGCACGGCCAUUACGGUCAUCGUCAUCGUCUUCGUCAUCGUUGGAUCCCUGCUGUGCGGCCUGCUGAUUUUGGCUCUGUUGCGCAGACGGCGCGCUCAGCAGUUUGUCUCCCUGGAUUGCCAGGAUGAAAACCAUGGGGUCCAUGGCAAGGACUCUUUAUUGAAAUGCUUUCUGAAUUCUGGUGGGAUAAACGUGACGGUCACAGCGGCAACAUGGAGGCGGCCAGGAGAGAAGCGUCCUUUAAUUAUGUUUAUAAAUGACAAAGUUGGAGAGCCGGAAGAUCCACGAUUCUCCUUUAAGCAGUUACAGAUGUCUGGCAGCAACAUAGACGUGUCCUUUCUGGUGAGAAACACAGUGAGGACAGAUGAAGGGAAAUAUGAAUGCGUUGUUGUAACUGACUCUGGUGAAGACACAGCAGUUGUAAGCCUUUCUGUCACAGAGUUGGUCUCCCUGGAUUGCCAGGAUGAAAACCAUAGGGGCCUUGGCAAGGACUCUUUAUUGAAAUGCUUUCUGAAUUCUGGUGGGGAAAGCGUGAUGGUCGCAUGGGCAACAUGGAGGCGGCCAGGAGAGGACCGUCCUUUAAUAAUGUUUAGAAAUGACAAAGUUCUAGAGCCAGAAGAUCCACGAUUCUCCUUUAAGCAGAUACAGAUGUCUGGCAGCAACAUAGACAUGUCCUUUCUGGUGAGAAACACAGUGAGGACAGAUGAAGGGAAAUAUGAAUGCGAAGUUGUAACUGAGAGCGGUGAAGCCAAAGCAGUUGUAAGCCUUUCUGUCACAGCCCCUUACUCCAAACCAGACAUGAGCUCAGUUCCGGAGAAGGACCUUCAGGAGGGAAUGGAAGUCACAUUAUUCUGCAAUGCCUCUGGGGGUUACCCGGUUGCCAUGAUCCACUGGUACGACCCGCAUGGCACCAACUGGACUCGCAGUGCAGAAAUGACGGUGGUGGAGACCACGGACAAACGCACGAACUUAUCCAGCAAGUUCACGCUUAAGGCGUCCUCCAGCACUCCUCUGUAUGGGUGCUUAGUGUUAAACAACAAUGGUGUGGAAGAAGGAAAGGCGGAAUUUGUCCUUAAAUUUCAGGAAAAGGAGUUUCUCUCCCUGGAUUGCCAGGAUAUAAACCGUGGGCUCCUUGGCAAGGACUCUUUAUUGAAAUGCUUUCUGAAUUCUGGUGGGAUAAACGUGACGGUCACAGCGGCAACAUGGAGGCGGCCAGGAGAGAAGCGUCCUUUAAUAAAGUUUAUAAAUGACAACGUUAGUGUCCGAGAAGAUCCACGAUUCUCCUUUAAGCAGUCACAGCUGUCUGGCAGCAACAUAGACGUGUCCUUUCUGGUGAGAAACACAUUGUGGACCGAUGAAGGGAAAUAUGAAUGCCAAGUUCAAACUGACAGUGGAUAUGCCAAAGCAGUUGUAAGCCUUUCUGUCACAGAAAAAGUCCCUCAUUCCAAUGCUACCGAGGCAAUGAGCCUUACCUAUAAAUAGACCAGACGAGCCGCAGCAUUCUGAAUGAGUUGCAGGGGUCUGGUGGCAGAUGCCGGUAGUCCAGCCAGAAGAGAGUUGCAGUAGUCCAGGCGGGAUAGAACCAUUGCUUGGACCAGGAGCUGGGUUCAGUAGGUGGUGAGAGGGGCGGAUUCUGCGGAUGUUAUACAGGAAAAAUCUGCAUGCCCGGCUUACUGCUGCGAUGUUCUUGGAGAGGGACAGCCUGUUGUCCAUCACCACUCCGAGAUUCUUGGCACAGGGUGAUGAUGUCACUAAGGUGGCCCCUAGGGAAAUGGAAAAGUCGAGGAGGGGAGAGGAUAGAGCAGGAAUAAAGAUUAGCUCCGUCUUUCCCGGGUUGAGCUUCAGGUGGUGAUUGUCCAUCCAGCUCUGUAUGUCCCUCAGGCAGGUGGAGUUGCAGGCAGGAACC